AUGGCAGUCAACAAAGCCCCCUCCACCCCCUUCUUCACCCCCGCCAACAAUGCCGGGGCUGCCAUCGACCCAAAUGCCCCCAACACCCCCACCCUCUUCCGCCCCCUCUCCAUCCGCGCUCUCACACUAAAAAACCGCAUCAUCGUCGCCCCAAUGUGCAUGUACUCGACUGAGCCGAACCCAUCUUCCGCCACCAUCGGCGCACUAACAGACUACCACAUCUCGCAUCUAGGCCAUCUCGCGCUGAAAGGCGCCGGGCUGAUCUUCAUCGAAGCAACAGCCGUGCAAGCCAACGGCCGCAUUUCACCGAAUGAUUCCGGACUCUGGCAGGAGGGGACGCAGUCGGCUCAGUUCCUGGGCUUGAAGAGGGUGGUGGAUUUUAUGCAUGCGCAGGGAGCGAAAGUGGGAAUUCAGCUUGCGCAUGCGGGGCGGAAGGCGAGCACGGUUGCGCCGUGGAUUGCGGCGGAGAGGGGAGUGAGGAGUCUGCGUGCUGAGAGCAGUGGGUUUGGAUGGCCUGACGAUGUGGUUGGGCCGAGUGGAGGGGAGGAGGAGGCGUGGGCCGGGGGAGAGGCAUUCUGGGCGCCGAGGGAGUUGAGCACGGCGGAGGUGGAGGAGGUGGUGAGGGCGUUUGCGAAGAGUGCGGAGCUGGCGGUGCAGGCGGGUGUCGAUGUUAUUGAGAUCCACGGCGCGCAUGGAUACCUGAUCAAUCAGUUCCUGAGUCCCGUCACAAAUAAACGGACGGACAAGUAUGGGGGCAGCUUUGAGAACCGCACUCGCAUUGUGGCCGAGGUUGCCGCUGCGAUCCGUGAGGUUAUUCCCGAGGGCAUGCCGCUGUUCCUGCGAAUCAGUGCCACCGAGUGGUUGGAGGACAAGCCUGUCGCGGCGGCAGCAGGAAGCUGGGAUAUCAACUCGUCCUUUGAACUCGUCAAGCAGCUCCCUGCAUGGGGCAUUGACUUUCUCGAUGUCAGUUCGGGAGGAAACCACAAAGACCAGCAUAUCGAGCCACACACCAACUACCAGAUCGAUCUGGCUGCGCAGAUUCGUCAGAAGAUCCGGGAGGCAGGGGAGAAGACGCUCGUUGGUGCUGUUGGGCUCAUUACUCAGGCUGAGGCUGCAAAGGAUAUCGUCCAGGGGGCGGAUGAAGCAUACGCAGCUGAGGAUAUGUUGACGGGGUCGCAGCCAAAGGCAGAUGCUAUCUUGAUUGCGAGACAGUUUAUGAGAGAGCCGGAAUGGGUCAUGUCGACGGCGAAGAAGCUGGAUGUAAAGGUGACUGUGCCCGUGCAGUUUGGCCGUGCUAUCUAG